ACAUUUCAAAUUAUUGUUAUCUAAAUUAUCUUUUAUUGUAAAGUUAUGCUGGUAAUAAUAUAAAAUAUACUAAGUGUUUAAUUUGGCAACGUGGUACAGGAAGUUUAUUGUAUGGUGGACGUAACCAAAACUGUAACGUAGGAAAAUUGGAAACGUCAAAUAAAUAACUUGUCAAAAAUUGCCGGAUAAUACAAUAGUUUCUUCAAAAUAAGAGCCACGGCCGUUGAAGGAGAGCACGAGCAUUUGUAUUGUCUUAAGUAAGGAAGCUAUGCACGUUUUUUAAAGCUGAAAGUAAAAUUAUAGAACAUGAAUAACUUUGGUUAUUUUUGUGUGCUUGUCUGUGCAUUGAGUGUCAUUGAAGCAUUUUAUUUGCCUGGUCUUGCUCCUGUUAAUUUCUGCAAAAAGGAGGAUGAGUCUGGAUCAUGCAAGUCAAACGUUCUGUUGUAUGUCAACCGUCUAAACACAGAAGAGUCUGUUAUACCUUAUGAGUAUAAGUAUUUUGAUUUUUGUACAUCAGAUGAUGAUGGCCAAGGACCUGUUGAGAAUUUGGGACAGGUUGUUUUUGGUGAACGAAUUCGACCAUCAAACUAUAAAAUCGAAUUUAUGAAAAACGAAACUUGCAAGGUAUUGUGUAAGAAGUCUUACACAAAUAAACACGAAGAUAAUCAGAAGUUAAGUAUACUUAGAAAAGCAAUUGGAUUGAACUACAAACACCAUUGGAUUGUUGAUAAUAUGCCAGUCACCAAUUGUUAUAUGACUGAUGAUAAUAGGCAAUAUUGUACAACAGGCUUUCCAAUGGGUUGCUAUUUUCGUUCUGGAAGAUCUUUUUGCAAUACAAAUCAAGUAAACUCUGAAGGGUCAUAUAUAUACAAUCAUGUUGAUCUGAUUAUAACAUACCAUUCUGGUGCUGAGGAAGAGUGGGGCUCUAACUUUAAGGAAAAUGGAGGAAGAAUUAUCUCUGUUAAAGUUAUGACAAGAACAAUCAAUCAUCAGGGGAAUGUGGAUUGUUCUAGACAUACUCCACUUCAAAUACCAGAUUCCUUAGAUGGAAACAUUUUUGAUAUAACCUACACUUAUUCAGUUACGUUUAUGCAAAAUAAUACCAUUAAAUGGUCGUCACGUUGGGAUUAUAUUUUAGAGUCAAUGCCAAAUACAAAUAUUCAAUGGUUUAGUAUAUUAAAUUCCUUGGUAAUAGUUCUCUUUUUGUCCGGAAUGGUUGCUAUGAUUCUACUAAGAACCUUGCAUAAAGAUAUUGCACGUUAUAAUCAAAUCGAUAGCGGAGAAGACGCACAAGAGGAAUUUGGUUGGAAACUGGUACAUGGAGACGUGUUCAGACCUCCGCGCAAGGGAAUGCUUCUAUCUGUUAUGCUGGGAUCUGGAGUUCAAGUACUUUGCAUGACUUUGGUCACCUUGGCUUUUGCUUGCUUGGGUUUCUUGAGUCCAGCUAAUAGAGGAGCUUUAAUGACUUGCGCCAUGGUUUUAUACGUCUUACUGGGAACACCUGCUGGUUACGUGUCUGCCAGGAUCUAUAAAAGUUUCGGCGGUGAAAAGUGGAAAUCAAAUGUCUUAUUGACUUCCAUGUUAAGCCCAGGAAUUGUUUUUGGAUUAUUUUUCGUCAUGAAUUUAGUAUUGUGGAGUAAGGGAAGUUCUGCCGCUGUGCCUUUUACAACGCUUAUUGCAUUGUUAGCGUUGUGGUUUUUGGUUUCCGUACCACUAACUUUUGUCGGAGCUUAUUUCGGAUUCAGAAAGAGGGCUUUAGAACAUCCAGUGAGGACCAAUCAAAUUCCACGUUUAAUCCCAGAACAAUCGAUUUACACACAACCCAUUCCCGGUAUUGUCAUGGGAGGAGUGUUACCUUUCGGGUGCAUUUUCAUUCAACUUUUCUUUAUACUGAAUUCAAUCUGGUCAUCACAAAUGUACUAUAUGUUUGGUUUCCUGUUCUUGGUAUUCAUAAUCCUUGUUAUCACCUGUGCUGAAACCACUGUACUUUUGUGUUAUUUCCAUUUGUGCGCCGAAGAUUACCACUGGUGGUGGAGGUCAUACCUGACGUCAGGCUUUACCGCCGUCUACCUGUUUUUCUACUGUUGCCAUUAUUUCUAUUCGAAAUUGCAAAUCGAGGGUGCUGCCUCCGUUUUCCUGUACUUUGGUUACACCUUAAUCAUGGUGUUUCUGUUUAACCUCCUCACGGGUACAAUUGGCUUUUUCGCGUGUUUCUGGUUCAUUCGAAAAAUUUAUAGUGUGGUUAAAGUUGAUUAAAAUCAAUUUUCUAUUAAUAUUUUAUGUGAUGUUUAGUAUUAUUUAACACACACUCUCAAACACACAAUAUGUACAUAAAACAAAAGAUGAAUAGCUUUUUUUAAGUUACUAUUAUACUUAUAAUAAGAGCAUGUGUUCUCAUGGGAAACAUUUCUUUGAUAUAGAAA